AUGCGGUUUAUCACCAAAUUCCUCGUUUUUGUUUAUAUCCGUUUCUGUGUAGAACGACGCGUGUGCCUGUUUCGAGGCGCUCCAAAGGUGCAAGGAGUGUCGUUUCGGUAUUACACGAGCCACAAGGCGACCGCGCUGGGGCUGGUGGGGUGGUGCCGAAACACAGACAUGGGGACAGUGGAGGGGGAGAUUCAGGGGCGCAAGGAGAACGUGCAGGAGAUGAAAGUAUGGUUAUGCACCACUGGCUCUCCUCAUUCCCGCAUUGAGCGAUGCGCUUUUAAGAAUGAGGUGGACGAUCUUCAAGAGUUGUCUUUCAAGUCAUUCCGCGUACGCCACUAA